AGCCCAGCUGGGCAGCAGCGGGCGGGCCGGGCCGGCAUGGGCUUCCUGCGGCGCUGCGUGGCGCGGAGCCUCUGGCAGGGGCAGCGGAGCCUGGGCGCGCUCGCCGCGGCCCCCCAUCGCCACUACGGCGCCGGUAUACCUGGCCUUCAGGAGCGCACCCUGAUAGCGGUGAAGCCAGACGGGGUGCAGAGGCGAUUAGUGGGGGACGUGAUCAAGCGCUUUGAGAAACGGGGCUUCAAACUCGUGGGCCUGAAGUUGCUCCAGGCCAAUGAAGGGAUCCUGGCGGAACAUUACCACGAGUUGCGGAGGAAGCCCUUCUACCACGAGCUGAUUCAGUAUAUGACCUCAGGACCGGUGGUGGCUAUGGUCUGGGAAGGUUACAACGUUGUUAAGACAUCGCGAACCAUGGUGGGAGAGACAAAUCCUGCAGAAGCGAAGCCUGGCACCGUCCGGGGAGAUUUCAGCAUCCACGUCAGCAGAAACGUCGUCCACGCCAGUGAUUCAGUGGAGACGGCCCAGCGGGAGAUCAGCCUGUGGUUCCGCAGCAACGAGCUGGUCGACUGGGACUGUUGCGAUCACAAAAUCAUGUACGAACUCUGAAGGCCUUGCUGUUCUCAGACCCUGGCACGGGAUCUGCUACCUCGACUGGUGUGCGACACUUCCCAAGAGAAGGGGGAACGGUGUUGCACUUCAACCACUGUGCCUCUGCUCAGGAGAGCAGAUACCUUCCUCAGAACCACUUCUGCGAGCUGCUGAGUGCAUCGGAUUAAGCCCAGUGCCGUUUUUUUGAAAAAAAAUUUUUUUUUACAUGUGUUGUGAGAAAACCUCAGAAUACCAUUCUUAAAAGAAUUAACAUUAAAAAAACACACAUGCAAUGA